AUGGAAACCAAAGACAUUUACUAUGGAGAUUGGAAGUACAAUUCGGUCCAUAACCGAAUCACUUCCUGGAUCGACGAUGCUGGUCCACAGGCCUCGUUCAAAGAGGAUUUCGAUGCGUCCAUGCAGGCCAGUCGGCGAUUAAGGAGGUACCUGUGCUGUGCACGUUGA